AUGCCUGCUACACAGAAUGGCCAAUUCCGGAUUAUUAAGAAAUGUGCUAAAGCGUGUAAGCGAUGUCGGUCUAUGAAGGUCAAGUGUUCGGGGGCGCAGCCUUGUUUGAGAUGUGGACGCAAGAAUGAGAGAUGCAUAUACGAGGUGGAGGAGAAGAAGGUAUCAGUGCCUGAGAGCUACCUCCGCGCCUUGGAGAGACGACAAGAUGGACUUCCAUCACCAGGGUCUCUUGGUAAUGGAAGUAGACCACGACCGAGGCACUCUUCUGUUUCUGAUUAUGGUAUUUCCGGUGUAGUCACGCGGGACGCAUCCAUGACUGCGGAUGGGGAUCUUACACUUGGAACACCUCAGGAUCAUGACGAGAACGACGAAACAAACGAGGCUGCCUCGCUAUCCACUAAUGAUGUCCUCGAACCCGCUUUCCGACAAAACCCCCUCGUCGACAACGACUAUGUCUUCGGGCAAGCCAUGGGCAGAUACUGGUACAUGGGUCCCGCAUCAUCAUGGGCCUUUUGCAGAAGAGUCCUAGCCCUAGUAGGCAAGCAUCUCCCCGAAGCAAACAACGAGCCUCUACCCUGGCACCUAGACGGAGUGGCCUUCCGACUGCAGUGGAGACCACUUAUGCCAGAUGAGCCACCGGAUAUUUCCAACCUACCGCCGUCUGACUAUGCGUAUUUCCUCAUUCAGACUGCGAGGUUUUACCUUGGUCCUUUGGCGAGUUUGAUAGACGAGGCUGAGUUUCUUCAGCAUUUUAAAGAGCUUUAUCAAGAUGCUUCGGCUAAAGCGGCAUCGUGUAAACUGUGGUAUGCGCAGUAUUUACUCAUGAUAGCGUUCGGCAAAGCUUUUCUCGGUGGGAAGAGUGCUGAUGGAAGUCCGCCGGGGUAUCAGUACGCUGCAAGGGCAAUGCCAUUGAUGCCUGAGUUAGCCGGCAUUGCUCUUGAUCCUGUUCUCUCAGCGCAAGCACUCACAUUGGCUGCUAUAUACUUCCAGUCGAUUGACAUGAGAGUGGCAGCAUAUCAACAUAUCGGACAAGCUCUCCGUAUAUGUGUCUUGUCGGGAUUUCACAGGCAUAUGCCGGAAGAAGCUGUCGGGGCACAACACUCUAAGCGAUGCCACAUAGUAUUCUGGGUAGUCUAUAUGCUCGACCAAGAGUUCGCUGCUCUCAUUGGCGCAACGAGUGCCAUACGAGACGAAGACAUCACGAAUAAGCUACCUUCUCAGGCGGACAGCUCGUUGAGCUCACUGAGUCUGACCCUUCAUGUCCAGCUUGCUCGGUUAAUAGCCCGAUUACUUGGGACGGUAUACGGUGUUGGUAAAGAUUAUGACGGCACCCUUUUUAGUAACACGCAGUCUAUCCUACGCAACUUGGCUGAGUUGAACCGUGAUCUGAACAACAUUAUCAAUAAUCAUUUCCAAGACUCGAUCAGCAAAGCGUCACGAACUGCGACGAGACUUCUCCUCCAAUAUCACCACUGCGUCGUUCUCACAACAAGGCCACAGAUAAUGUGCGCCUUACAUAUGCACAUUGAACAGUCAAAGACAAAGCUUCUGACCCAUGGUCUAUCACUAUCUCCACCGGUUGCCUCGCUUAUACAGUCAUGCGUUAGCUCGGCGCAGGCGAUUUUGAAGACGCUCCGUGCCUUGGCAGAUGAAGAUCUCAUCGAGGCAUUUCUGCCGUUCCAAAUAGAGUAUGCCUCAUCGUCAGCAUUUCUGCUCCAUCUCAUCCCUAUCAUAUGUCCAUCUCUUCUUUCAGACGAUUCAUGGCGCGAUGAUGCUCGCUACGUCUUUGAUACUCUUAUUGCGAAAGGCAGUCUCAUUGCUCCGCUGCGCAAAGUAGAACUCGAGCAGCUGGAACAGAAGUUAUCUGCUUUGACGCCGGCUAGUAAUAUUGCAACGCCAGAAGUACCAAACCAGGUAGAAGAGCAUGUCAGCGUCCAGGAAGAGGAGAACGGGGAGACAGAGUUAGACGAGCAUGUCUCUGAGGAGACGGGUUGGGACCUCUUUGCGGCCAAUGCCAUGGCAGGAUUGACACCAGGGGAGUUGUUGGAUUUGGCAGAACAGCUCGACGUAGACAGUUUCCUAUAUCAACCCGAGAUGUAA